CCAUGAUCUAGCGUUGCUCUUGUUUGUGCGAGGGAAGAGAGAAAUGUCAAGUUUUCCACCCAGUGUGUGCACACUGUCCGAAGAGUAACGCUCAGUGCUAACAGAAACACAGAGACAGAGAGAAUACCAAAACCAAUCACGAGAGAGUAUUUGGUAGGCUUCAGAGAAGGUGAAGUCGAGCUGCUUUCUUUCCCACGAACUAUUGACUUUCAACACAGAUUCCUUCUUCAACAGGACAGAUCCUUCUAACACUUGUUGUUUCCCCCUCCGACCCUCGACUCCACGCCUGCCCUCUAUCGCUCCAGUCAUGAAAAUAGAGUUCCACGAGACGAAAUGGAAUUGGAUCGGCAUUCAAUGGAAAAGGGGCGGGCUUUUGCUUUUCUUAGUUCCCCUUUGUAAACCGCCACUCGUGUAUAGGCCAAGCAAGACCCAAUCAAUAUGGCCGGCGGUGAGCCCCAAGCGUCCUCUUCUAUGGAGGACGUACUGACUUUGCGCUUCAAAGUCAAUCGCUUCGGAACAGAGGCGACCACGACCUUCCACAUUCCAAGGUACCUCACGAUUGCUUAUGGCUCAACUUUCAUUGGUCACCAUUUCGAUUGGGGUCACUGACACCAAAGAGGAGGCACCCUGAGAGAACAUGAACAGGGGAAAGCAAAGGGAAAACAAGAACGUAGAGAGGUACUUAUGGGGCCCUUCCCGUUCAGAAUCAGUUACCAAUGACUGCUUCCCUUUAAAUUGCUGAGAUCCGUGCUUAUGGUGAGGCUUUUUCUAUCUCCUGUCUCGGCAUCUUGGUCCCCUUUUCCCUUGUAUUUCAUGGGAAAGGGGUCCAGAUGAUGGGACCGAGAGGAAUAAAAGCCCACUCUAACGCGCAAACUUCUUUUCCGCGGAACUCGAGGAAAACUUGAAAGUGCGACUGUUCUACUCGGGAAAGUACCUUUCCGAUGACAACUGCACCCUCCAACACUACGAGGUUCCUGAUGGAAGCUGCGUCCACUGCUUCAUAACAAAAUCCUUGCAGCCGCAGAACGAAACUGGCACCGCGUCUGCCAGCGCACCUGGGGUUGGUGACACAGAGACUGCAGCAACAGCUGGUAAGACCCAAGGGGCCUGUUCGAUGAUAUUUAGAUUUUUUUCGAUAGACAUCAGGAGAUUAUGAAUUAUAUACAUAGUACUAUUCCUAUUGAUAUCGACGUGCACGUGUGCGUGUCGGUGUCAGUCGUAGGUGUCAAUGUCAGUCGUGUACUUGUUGUAGAAGAUACGUCCUCAAGUAAGUGCCUCGUUGUGGUAGUCGUGUAGUUGUAGUAGAAGAUACGUCCUCGACUAAGUGCGUCGACGCUGUGCUGUGAGUUUUUCGAAGUAGUAAAGUUUCUUCUUUUUAAACGAAUUCACAGUGGGUUCGAAUGGAGGAAACGUGCGCACGACUGUACAAAUUGGCGGUCGCGUUUUUCACAUCGGAGGCUUUGCUGGCGAAAGAGAAGCGCCUGCAGGCGAAGGGCAGCAGCAACAGCCAACACGGCACUGGCUGCUCGAACGGUUCCCGUUGGCAGCAUUCCUUCAAAAUAACCCUGCAGCGGAUUCGCUGUCUCAAGGCGGUGCGAAUCCGACGGACCCGUCCGAUGCUACAGACGGAAGUGCGGCAGCAACGCCCGCUGCGACACGAGCGGGCACAUUCACAUCGUCUUCGAGUAGUGGUCCUCGGUACGUUAUAGUCGGUGGAACUUCGUCCUCUGCGGCUGGCGGCGCAGGCAAUGUCGUCGUGGGCAGGCCAGUUAGCGGUCAACCUGGUCUAGGCACAAGUAAUGGCACCAGACCAUCGGAAGGUGCUGGCGAGGAUGGUACGACCCAGGAUCACGUUGUUCUGGAUAUGUCUUCGGCGAAUAGUACAAGACCAGGUUCGCGCUCACCAACCCGAUCGGGACGUCCUACGAUAUCACGAGCCGAACUGAUAUCCACUACAGAAGCUCCCUUGCCAGCGGGCGCGAAUUCGCUCAGGCCCCCAGCGGGACAAGUGAUGGGACUCCCGAGGAGAGCUUUUAGCUCCUUCAUAGAACAAAUGAACCAGGAGCAGGACUUCUCGAAUGCACCAGAAGAAUGUACUACUUUUUACAAGUAUAUGUAUAGUAUACUUAUACCUCCUACUUCUUAUACUUAUACCUCCUACUUCUUCUUGUUCAGUAGAAGUAAAUUGUUUGUUUUCCCUGCUCGCUAGACAGUUUCAGUUGCACAGUUGGAAGUAGAUGACCAUUUAUUUUUCUUUAUUGUAUAGAUACAUGCCCAGAAAGCGGGCCCAUCAAGGGCCCGCUGCGCUGGGCAUAGGUUAGGAACUACCUAGACAGAUAAGCCAAAGAAGCGGAGGAGAAAGUCGCUACGUCACCAAGCUAGCGACGCGCGCGACUUUGUUAGUUUCGACGGACAGCGUGCAUCCGCGUUCGAGUAAAUCUGUGCGGCUACUAUCUGUCGCUUCCUUGUGUAUUUUUUCCAGGAAUGCCGUGGAGGUCACGCAAAUUCAUAAGAAUUCGCGUGGCCUCCACGAGAAUCCAGCAAAAAAGCGGGGACAAGGUGGCUCCGAAUGAGCCAGCCUACAACUAGCCAUGGCUAAGCUAGGAAGCUGGCAGUCGCUGUGGCUAGGCGAGCAAGCUGGCUACCGUUAUGGCUAAGCUAGGUAGCAGGCUGGCGCGGCCAUGGCUAAGCUAGCAAGCUGGCGAUGGCCAACCAAGCUAGCAAGCUGGUGAUGACUAAGCUAGCAGGCUGGCCUUUAAGGAGGCGCCUAGUAUUAGCCUAGGUCUAUUACAAGUGCCCCUCAAGGGGCUCCCUUAGGGAGCAUCUUUGGUCCUGAAGCUUGCCCUUGCGGAAUAUCAUUUUAUAAUAGUAAUAGUAAUAUAAAUAUAUUUCUUAAGGAAUGCCAUUCCCUGAAGGAAACCUCUUAAGGGAGGCGUCUAAAAAGAGUUUCAGGAAACUUGCGCAUGCUAUGUAUAAAUACUAAUAAAUAUGAGUACACCUAAAACUUUUUCCUACUUAGGACAGCUCCACCACGAAUUUAAUGUUGUAUGUGAAUACAACGAAAACUACAUUUUGCCGUCUUCCUUUUGCUGGUUGCCUAAGCAUAUCUUGACUUCUCUUGUCCUCGCCCAAAUUUUUCAGGUCGCAUGGGAAUUCAUAGAGACAUGAUGACGAUUUGGCCGACGCUUCCCGGACUGCUUUGCGCCUUCUGUUUCUACCCCUAUGGGCUGUGCUGCUGUUUCCUGCAUAAAGUUCGAAGAUGUCCGCGGUGCGGAUACACGGUUCAUUCAUGCUAAUAACAUCUUGGAGUGGCUUAUUCAUGUGCCCUUAUUCCACAUAUUGUAAACUAUGUACUACAUAUUUGAGUGGUAGCUGCCUAAACGCAUGAUUUUCUCGCAUAGUCUAGCGCCCUUCCACGGGAAAACGAAAAUGGACAGUCAAUUGUGCUGUUCUUUGACGAAACUAUGAC